UCUGAGGAAGAUUCCAACACAGAUGAGGACGAAGUGAUCCCGGACAUCGAUGUGGAGGUGGACGUGGACGAGCUGAACCAGGAGCAGGUGGCGGAUCUGAACAAACAGGCCACGACCUACGGGAUGGCCGAGGGGGAUUUCGUCAGGAUGCUGCGGAAGGACAAGGAGGAGGCCGAAGCCAUAAAAAAUGCCAAAGCCUUGGAAGAGGAGAAGGCCAUGUACUCGGGCCGCCGCUCCCGCCGGCAGAGGAGGGAAUUCCGGGAGAAACGACUCAAAGGGAGGAAAAUCAGCCCCCCCAGCUACGCCCGCCGGGACAGCCCCACCUACGACCCCUACAAACGCUCCCCCUCGGAAUCCACAUCCGGCUCCCGCUCCCGCUCCCGAACUCCUUCGGUGGGGCAGGAGGAGAAGAUCACCUUCAUCACCUCCUUCGGCGGCAGCGACGAGGAGGCGGCGGCCGCUUCCCAACCCUCCGGAAUCCCGGGAAAAGGCGCUCCCGGAAAAGGCGCUCCCGGGAAAGGCCCAACUGGCCCCGGAGCCGCCACGGCUCACGGCGCCUCGGCACGCUACGCCCGCCGGGACAGCCCCACCUACGACCCCUACAAACGCUCCCCCUCGGAAUCCACAUCCGGCUCCCGCUCCCGCUCCCGAACUCCUUCGGUGGGGCAGGAGGAGAAGAUCACCUUCAUCACCUCCUUCGGCGGCAGCGACGAGGAGGCGGCGGCCGCUUCCCAACCCUCCGGAAUUCCGGGAAAAGGCGCUCCCGGAAAAGGCGCUCCCGGAAAAGGCCCGGCUGGCCCCGGAGCCACCACGGCUCACGGCGCCUCGGCACG